CAUCCAUUCAAUGCUCUUUGCCUUCCCCUCACAACCUUUUGCCAUUUAAUUAUCAGCUUCCCUUCUCUAUCUCUUUAUCUAUCUCCCUUUCCUUCUCUCUUGCAAUUAGGGUUUCCUCUUUAAGGGUGCUCCUCCUUUAACAAAUCUGCACUUAUAUCUCUCAUUGGCUAACACUAUUUUGUCUUGUGAGGGUAAAAGAGCAGCUCCUAAAGGUCCUCAGGUCCUCUCCCACAAGGGAAAGAAAGGGAAGAAGAAGAAGAAGAAAAAGAAAUGGCAUCAUCAAGCGCUUACAAUUCACCUUGCGCAGCCUGCAAAUUCCUGAGGAGGAAGUGCAUGCCAGGGUGCAUCUUUGCACCAUACUUUCCACCGGAAGAGCCACAGAAAUUCGCCAACGUGCACAAGAUCUUUGGUGCGAGCAACGUUACCAAGCUUCUCAAUGAGCUCCUCCCUCAUCAGAGGGAGGACGCAGUAAACUCCCUCGCCUACGAAGCUGAGGCCCGUGUGAGGGACCCCGUCUACGGCUGCGUGGGAGCCAUCUCUUACCUUCAGAGACAAGUCCAAAGGCUCCAAAAAGAACUCGAUUCUGCUAACGCUGAUCUUCUCCGCUUUGCCUACAAUGAACUUCCUCAAGUAACUCUUCCUCCUGUGCCACCAACAAUCACCACAAUUCAACAAAUGGUACCUUCUCAGAGGCAAUAUGGUGGGAGGUUUGGGAAUUUUGAAGGGACUGGGUUUUAUCGCCAAUCUGCUACCACUUUCUCUUUUCCUUAUGCUCUUCCAUGGACUGAUAUUUCAUCAGGAGGAGAAGGAGGAAUAGGAGGUGAAGGAGGAGGUAAUUUAUGAAAUGUGACAACUUUAUCAAUGCCUCAUUUAGGGUUUAUGUCCUGCAAUAAUGUUAUGUGAUGGCAUGGUGGUAGGUUGGUAUUAUUGUCUAGGUUGCUAUAUAUGUAGCAUCACUUGGACUCUUGUGGUUAGGUGCAGUGAAGGUCUACUGUUUUUGUGUUAGUUUAAUUUGAACUUUGAAUUGAAGGCUUUUUUUUUCAUUUUCUAGAUCAUGAUGAACAUGUGUUGGGGUUGGAGUUGUAGUAGUACUAGUUAGUAGUAGUCUUUUCCAAUAAGUUUGUAGGGCAUGCAUGGUAUGAUGUAUGGCUAUCUACAAGACCCUCCUAUUGUGUAUUCAGUGCAACUCUAGGCAUGUGCAAUAGUGUUCAAUUGUGCAUGCGCUUGGAGUUGACAUUCUCAGUCAUUGUUUAUGAUUAAGAAUAAAUGAGCAUAUCUUAGUUGUUUCUAAAGCCUAUACUUACCCUAUAUA